AUGGACUUGGAAAAUUCCAUUUAUGGCUACCUUCAUGAAGGAGGGGAGAUUGUACCUAAGGAGGAUAAACAAAUACAAUACAAGGGUGGACAACAAAAAGACAUGUACAUUGGACAAAGGAUGUCAUAUGCUGAAUUUGUUUCAAAGCCAUGUGAACAGUUGGAUAUUAAUUCAAAUGGAUAUACAUUUCAUUACACCCUUGAGUUUGAUCCAUCUACACUUCAACAGUUGGAUGAUGAUGAGGACAUGCAUAUGAUGUUAUCCCAUAGUUAUGAUUAUGCUCGUAUUUAUGUAUUAAAACGGACUCGAAGAGUAGAAGUUGAAGGAGGUAUAGUCAAUGUGCAAAAUGAUUAUUGUCACAAUAGUACGGAGGAAACACACAAUUCAGUUGCAUCAUGUCAAGCAAACAAUGAGUCUAAUUUAGGACUUUCUCAAGGCUUCAUGUCCAGAUGUGCAGAAACUGAAGUUAUGCCACAUGAUUUAAGUCUUUGUUCUCAACCUAUUAUUGGGAGUGGGCAUAGUUUUCCUAAUGCAGAUGAAUUUAGAAAUGCAUUAUAUACGAUGUCAUUAGUUGGUAGAUUUCAAUACAAAUUCAAAAAGAACUCUCCAAAGCGAAUAUCUGUGUGUUGUUUAGUGGAUGGGUGCCCUUGGAGAAUAACUGCUAAUUCAGUAGGCACAACCAAAAUUUUGAAGGUUAACAUCUUCAUUGAUGUAUACAAUCAUUGUGCAGAUGUUGAGUGUUCAAGCCAACCUUCAAUGCGGGGAAGGAGAGGUGCUCGUGUUAUAGAGCAAGUAAUAAGGGCAACCCCUCAGUAUUUGCCCCGUCAAAUUUGCAAAGACUUCAAGAGUCGGUAUGAUGUUUCAUUGAGUUAUAAGCAAGCUUGGACAUACAAAGAAAUGGCAAAAGAGAGAAUAUAUGGUCUUCCAGAAAACUCAUAUAUGUUGUUGCCAUGGUUAUGUCAGAGAUUGGUAGACAUUAAUCCAGGGACGAUUGCUGAAUAUAGCAGACAAGAUGGGCAUUUUUGGCAAUUGUUCAUUGCACAUUCUUUUUCAAUUCAAGGGUUUUUAAUGGGUUGUCGACCUGUUAUUGCAAUUGACUCAACUCAUUUGAGUGGACCUUAUAGGGGCUCUUUAUUUUCUGCAACAGCUUAUGAUGCUAAUGAUGGCAUGUUCCCAAUUGCAUUUGGUGUUGUAAGUUCAAAAAACUAUGAGGAUUGGCUAUGGUUUUGCAGAAAUUGA